CCAUUUUCGUGUUAGUCAUUCGUGGGGGACUUUGUCAAAGCUCAAGAUUCUAGAAAUACCAUUUCAACACUUCGCCACAAGUGUCCUGUAUAUCCCCAAACACCUGUUCCCCCACAAGUGUAUCCUGUGUACAGCUGUGAGCAGAAGGGGUUUAUCACGCGAGGACAGAGUACUGAGGGGAGCAGUGUAGCUCUGAACCUACUGUUGUGACGAAAACCUACCGACGACAGCACUCUUCGCAUCACUGUUCAAACUUUCUACCAGCGAAUCUUAAACAAUUGAUCACUUGCUUGCGUUUACAUGCUGGCACCACUUCAGUAGCAAGUGAUUCCAACAUUCAAACUUGGAUGACGAGUUGAUGGUGCAGCCCCCACAGUUCAUCGCCAGUCAUAAGCCGCCGGUGUCCAUAGCCACACAAUAUUUGACUCGAUAGUCAUUGAGUCUACCAUGAUGCUUUUUCUACUGACCAGGGAGCUUGAGGGGUUGAGUGAGCAGGUAAUGACGCCUGGGCUGCUUCGUGCAUAUUUCUUGAUUGUGCUGCUGCUGUUGCUGAACCGUCUGACCUCCUUCUGGACCUCCACCAAACCUCUGAGUCGUAAAGAGUCGACUUGGCCAAUGAAAAUGCGGGAACAGAUGCUUCUGCCCGUGAUGAUCUUAGCGGUAGUGUACUCCCUCCUCUGGCUUCCUGUCCUGGUGGUCAGAACCGUCGAAUUGGACCACGACUUGAGCAGCUCCAUGCUAACUAUUCUUUGGGGUUUCCACUGCUACACCCAGGAGCGUUGUACUAGCUAUUUCCUCACGGCGCUCGUCACCUCCACCUUCAUCUACUUCUGCAGUAAGAAGAGCGGUGUGUGCAGCAGAUGGUGGGCGUUGUCGUGGACGUGUGGGUUAUACAUACCGAUGUUGGUGAACGAGGUACUCUGGCACACACUCUCCCCAAAGGACUGGGGGAUAAUGACCAUCGCUGUCUACUACAACCACACCUUCUCCUACGAGAUACAUCCUUUGUGGUCUCCCGACAUCCGCUUAGUUGAUGUGGCUGGUGAUGAAAGGAUUGACCAUCGACGUCUGAUUCAACAUGGCCUGCGCAUCCUUCUGGGGGAAAUAUGCCACAAAAUUGCUCGAGACACCGCAGACGCAUCGGUGGUGUGCAGGAGGCGAAUGGAUGAAGAGUGGGUGAGGCUGGUGAUGGGGGAGUGGGCGGUGACUGUUGUGGUAGCUGUGGUGAUGACGUGCUGCGUCUCCCAAGCUACCUCGGCUGCACCCCGCCACGACCCAGAGAACAAGAGUAGCUUCCCAACAAGAGUGAAGUGUGUGACUGAGACAUGCAGUAGGGUGUUUGAGAUGGUGUGUGCAAGCGCCGUGCUGUGGGCCAUCCUCCUGCGACCAGCUUGCGCCCUUUACCUUUACUUCACCCACUGGAAGGUCUGGUCUUGCUUACUGGAUGUUCCCACACACUGCUUCCUCAUCGUCAUCGUUAUCAUCGUCCCUCGGGAGAUAGAAAGAUAUACAGACGAAGAGGACCGUGAGUAUCAAGCCGUAGGGGACUGCAGUGACGAUGAUGACGUAAGACCCAUAUGGCAGACAAACCACAAUUUUAAUGAAAAAGGUGUUUACAACGAUGAUGUUGACCCUUGGUGGGAGACGAAAGAAACCUCGGGUCAGCUACCAGCAGGAACUGCGACAAAUUUUACGCAUCCUGUCAUGACAAGUGAGGAUGUGAAACUUGUAGCUGAAUAUAAUGAAAGGUGUCUACUAGUUACAGUGGAAGCACCUACCAGGACGCUGUGGGAGAGAGAGGAAGACGAUUCGUCCAUCGUAGACGAGGAAUAUUUCUGUCCAAAAGUGGGAGUCGAAUAGUAAUCUAGAGUUUGAAAAAUUAAUUUCCCUUGCUGAAAAAUCUGAGAGGAUGUAACGAACCCAACGAAGUUCCUCAUCAUUACAACUUACUGACCUUUAGUAUACAGUAUAUUGUAGAGGGGAGAUAAGAGGCAAUUGGCUUAAUUUUCUUGGAAAAUACCACUUGUGUAAUUUAUUAGCAUCAAACAAUUGUUUUCUUACUUGGUCAUACGUUACUUCUAUAAUUUCUCAGUAAUUUACUAAUCUUAUUUGAACAUCUCUUAUCAUCUUAGUCAUACUCCCCACAUACAUACACUCUAUAAUUAGUCCUGGUCUUUUUUUUAAGUUCCCUGUGAACUUUCAGUACAUGUGACCUCUAACUCAAAUUUUUAUAUAUCCAGUUGCUAUCUGAACUUUUCAUCAAGGUUACUAAAAGUAGUUUUAUUUGGCAUAUUUGUAUGGCUGAACAUAACUCACCGCUGUAGUGUAUAAUGAACAAAUAUCAAACCAGGUUGGUCAGUUACUGUAUUUCUAUUUAAGACACAUUUUAAAUUGUAGUUUAGAAACCUUUGGAAAUAACUCCUUCAAGCAUUUUGAACGUAUAUAUAAUUGAUUUUUUUUCCAUUUGUCAAUCAUCCUCAUUAUCUGGUUCCUAUCACCUAAUGCAACGUCACUUAGUGCAUAACAGACAAGUUUUUAGGUUACUAACUAAUUACAUAAUCACUGUAUCAACGAGUUUCUUAUUAGUUUGAACAAAAUAUUGACAUAAAUGAAAUCCAUUUUGUUUUAAAUUUUUUUUAAUAUGAUCAUCAAACAUAAAGGUUUUCUUGUAACACUUUUGUUACACUCAUGAGCCACCGGCAAGUUCCGAGGAGCUUUGUUCAAUAUACAUGGCCAUAUUGACAUGUUUACAAUUGAAUGUCUUGGUGAACCUUCAUCACAUAAACUUGUCAUUAUUAAACUAGAUUUAUCUUGAAUUUCUUUUGUUGGUAGAGACCUCCUCUCUUAAUGAUUAUAUUCAGUAUGCUCUAAAGGUAUCAACGUUCAUGAGUCUUUAAAACAAAAGCAAAAAAACAUUUGCAUUAAUCAACAAGCCUAUAACAGUCAUGUGCUUGGUAAAUUUCUCCAUAUUAAUUGAAUAAUUCUUAAAUACUAUAACAUCAAAUACCACAAUAGGGGUUUUAUUCUUAGGUAAACAAAUAUAACGAAGACUUUGUGUUCGGUUGUUCAUGUCAUGUCUACAUCUGCUUCUUGACCCACAGUAAUGGGGCUUCUAAAGAUUUCCUCACAUGUUCUCACUCACUUAUUGUGGACCUGGUCUCACCCUCCUCUGUAUAUAUACACCUUGGUUUGUAUUUCUCUUUAGUCUGAACUCACCCCUGAAGAUGUGAAUUACACGAAAGCGCUUGGGAACUUCGUGUUUUCUUCUUU